UGGCAGUAGAUCGCAGAACGUUGUACUUUUUGGAGAUUCGUAGUUUUCUUGGAAAAGAUAUAUUUAAAUUACGCGUAAAAUUACAUUUUAAGAAGAAAGUGAAGUAAAAGUGAAAUAAAGAAAAUUAUCUUUUUUUUUGGAAAAAUUAUUAUAUUUUUCGAUGAAUGAUUAAAAAUUGAUAAUAACUUUGACGUAAACAGAAAGCAUGGAUUUCAAAAAGAGCCGUAAUUCAAUCGUUCAUGACAAUUAUCGAAAUGGGAAAAAUCCUGGAACGUGUAAAGAGAUUCACAAGGAAGAGGAAUUAAAGUAUCUUCUGGGAGAAAAAUGAUUUACAAAAAGAAACGUGCAAGUCCAAUGAAGAAUGGAUUCACGCAGCACGUGUCAACACGUGGCGAGUCGUCUCGACAGUGUGUCUGACUCAAAGGCACAGGCUAGUCUAUAUUUAAAACGCCACGAGGGUAUCUAAGUCACUCUGGAAAUCCUGAAAAACCGAAGAAAGCGAGGAAGAAAGAAGAAAGAAGAAAACUAAAAGGUGACGCAAAGAUAGAAUGCAAUACGUAAUUCGAAUGAUGCUCGAAUAGCUUCGAUCCAUAAUUUUGCUUGCAAAAGGAACUAAAGAAAAUUUCUAAAAAUCCUUCGAAUCUCCAAAGAAUCGGUACGACAAAGCUGAUCCAUUAGCGCAAGAAGUACGAUGAAAAGGCCGAUAACCUGGACGACUAAUUUCAAGUGAUCGAAGGCGAACGAAACGAAAUUUUCAAAGUCAAAAGAAAGAGACGAUACAUCGAAAUCUCUAAAAUUCGGCAGAAGCCGAAUAAAGCAAAGAACAGGCAUAGGUGCGAAUCAAAGAAAAACAAUAGGAAGGGAAUGGAAAUCCAAAUCAAAGGGGAACAACUUGGAUUAAUAAGAGUGAUCGAAAAAUUCAAGAUCGCACGAUAAGAUAAACGGGAUUUUCGCUUCUUGAGAAAUUGAUCGUUCCUUCGGCGAAACGUAUACUACGACCUGACAAUAGAUUUCGUUAAACUCGUUUUCGAUUCUUGGCGGGUCGUGGACGAAGUCGAUAGCAGGAGAGAGGUUGUGCAUUCGAACGAUAUAAUCCACGAAAAGGCAGAAGGGACAGGACGACUGGCGAUACUGACGUUUCCCAUUAAACGGGACCGUGUAAUUUUGCUAUUGCGCCGGGUCAGCGAUCGCGUAUAAUCGGCGCUCCCCUUUUUAGCAUUCUACCGUGUUCCUCCUAUUAGUUUAUCUGGAACGGAUCGAGGAGGCCAGAGGUAAGGCAGACUUUUAUCCGGAAACGGCCGGUCGAGGGAUCGUCAUGCGGGCGGACCAAGAGCAAUUGGACCUUCUAACAUAAACGGGUACAAAACGUCGUAAACAAUAAUACAGCACCAUGUACGUGGAAUGCUCGUAGCGGACCACUCUCGAACGGUUCGAUAGAGUCAAAGUCAGAAGCGAGUAGAACGAGCGUAAAGUGUGAAAGAAAAGGCAACGAUAUCUCGAGUGGUCGGAUGCCGGAUGAAAGAUGGAAGGGGAUCGAGCAUCGUAUUCGACGUCCAACAGAAACUGGCAGCGUGGAAAUUAUCGGGUCCGCGGCGGAAGGCGAAGAAAACGAAGGCGGAAGCCGUGGGGCGAGAGGAUCGCGGACUGGACCAGGGCUCUGAUAGCCUUCCUCUUCAGCAACGUCGGUAUAGUGUGCCUGGUGGUCGGAUAUACCAUAGCCGGGGCCUUCCUCUUCACCCACAUCGAGGGUAGAAACAACCUGGACAUCGUCGGGGACGUGAUCAGGUUGAGGAACGUGACAGCUGCCACCCUCUGGGAGCUUACGUCCAAGGAGAACGUGUUUUCCGAAAGAAUCUGGAAAGCGAAAGUGAAGGCGAUCCUCGAGAAUUAUCAAAAGAAAAUGGUAAUGGCCAUAAAGAAUGGCUACGAUGGCGGGGAGGAAAACAAAAGGUGGAGCUUUGCUGGAGCGUUUCUCUAUUCUCUUACGGUGAUCACUACUAUCGGUUACGGAAACAUUUGUCCAAAGACGAAAUGGGGCAAAGUGGUGACCAUAGUGUACGCCAUAAUAGGCCUGCCACUUUUCUUGCUAUAUCUAAGCAACAUCGGUGACAUUCUUGCGAAAAGCUUCAAAUGGACCUACGCUCGUUGCUGUCUGUGCAAAUGUCGCAGAAGGCCAUUAGAGACGAUGCCAAGAGGAAAUACUCACGAUGACGCGGAUGUAAGGAGAAAUCAUUGGCAAAUGGUUGACAUAGAUGGAAGAGAAGUUGAUUCGUUCAGCGUGGACAAGAAUAUUUCCUUGGAAAAACACGAUACGAAAGAGGAAAAUGACGAUGACAGUAAUAGCAGUAGUUAUGAUCCUCAACAAGUCACCGUACCUUUGACACUAUGUGUCGCCAUAAUGGUCGGGUACAUUUGGGCCGGAGCCAUCUUGUUUUCCGAAUGGGAAGACUGGAACAUGUUGGACGGUUCUUAUUUCUGCUUCGUCUCCCUGUCGACCAUAGGUUUCGGCGACAUCGUGCCGGGUGACAAAAUCUACGCGGCCCAGGGCCUCGAUUUAUCCUUCAUCUUCUGCUCCAUGUACCUAAUGCUCGGUAUGGCAUUGAUCGCGAUGUGCUUCAACUUGAUGCAAGAGGAAGUGAUCGCGAAGGUGCGCGCGUUCGUGCGUACUAUUAAAUACAUAUUCCGAUGCGACAGGUGACCAUAACCGGUCUCAGCCACGUUCUGCUCCUCUACGACGCUCGCGAGUUAUAACGUAAAAUCGGAAGAUGGCCGGAUUUUCAGUGGUCAAUUUCAUCCCCUUGCUACGGCGAAUUUGGGCAGCAAAGAAAAUUACACGAUACAUACCUAUAUUUCACGUACAUCUACAUAUCCCCAGAGUUCUAUAAUUUUUUCAAUUUGCGAACUGGGAACUUUACCACGUUAGACAAAUUCGCUACAGAAAAUUUCACCAAAGAAAUCUAGAAACUAGAAAAGAAAAAAGAAGGCACAGAAUUUUCUACGUUUCUCUACGCUGCGAAUUAAUUUGUAACAACUUUCACGACAGGAUCACGAUGACGAUUCAAUAACUCGGUAUCGAACGGAAUUCGCGUUAUGCCUUAAUCUCGCCUUAGAGAAAACCACAGAAAUCCUUGGGACGCGAUAAAUACGAUAUACGCGCGAGCUAUUUUCGAAAAAAUGUGCCGUCUUCCGGCGAAAGCACGCGGCGCGAAGAAACGAGGAGAGAAGUUGUUUCUCUUGGCGGCGAAUCGCAGAAUAGAUAAAGAAGAAGCAAAAAGGAGAUAGUAGGUGAAAAAUGAAGCCUUCUUUCGAGAGGAAAUAUAAUGGGGGCGUGAAGCGAUCGAUCGACGGGAAUUUAGCGCGCCGAAAGAUCGAGCUGAAACGCUCGUUUACGCUUUCAAAGACAUUGCUUUCAUUUCCUCCGAGCGAUGGAAUAUCCAGCCGGGGCAAAGAAAAGCGUUAAAAAUGGAAGAUUUCAUUAUUAUGCGACACCGUCUACAGUUUCAUUAAAUACCCAAGUUAUUAACCGGGGUUAUUAAUUUUGUUCCUCGCUUUUGUUCUUAUUACGAGAUUUAUAAUUGCAUGGAAAAUUGUGGAUGGAUGUGAUUAAAAUCUUUCUCAUUUUGCUCUCGAAGAAUAAGAUUUAACAAUCUGGCCACUCUUGCGCGAUAAUUAACCAAAUAAUAAUUAUAGAAAUUGGAAACUAGAAGCACGUUGACAUCGGCAGACGCGAAUCGGCGAAUCUUGUGUUUUUCGAGCGUUACCGACGGCAGACGUAAAACGACGUUUUUUAUUUUUUCAAGCGUUGCCGCAUAUUCCAUUUGCAUACUUGUCUUGCAAAAUUGCGCGGCAGAGAAGACUAGACUAGCUGCUUGCGGCAGCGUACCGACCUCAAAGUCUUAAUUAGGAUCACUUUGGCUAUGAUAAGUAGCAAAAUAAAAAACUCAAUAAACUCUUCCGGUAUUCGUACAACUUAUAAAAAAGAAAUAUAUUUGU